UAAAGAAAAUAGAAAUAAAUAAUUAUCUAUGGACAGGUUUUGUGCUUAGUGCUGCACAUUGCACAAGUUACAGCUAUACGUGAGUAUUGUUGGAUAUAUGUAUAUUAUAAUGCCCUUUGUGAUGCCAUCAUCUUAUUAUAGUGUAGUAUACCUAGGUGAGUUCGACAGAUCAACCAUCACCGAUUGCUCUGCAACAGCUUGCAUGCCGAACGCAAUCCGAAUUCCCGUCGAUGCUCAAAUAGCUCACCCCAGAUAUGUGGAUCAUACCCAGAAUGACAUAGCCCUGUUUCGACUGGCCACUCCGGUUCAGUAUACAGGUGGGUGAAUGGCCAGUUGCGCAAGGAUCUCAUUACUACUAAGCCUGCUCUUCCUUUAGCAUUCAUAAAGCCAAUCUGUCUGCUGACCAACUACAAUCCAUUGGCCCACAUUAGAUAUCUGACGGCCCUUGGAUGGGGUUUAACCGAAAACGGAGUCACAAGCAACGUCUUAAAGAUGGCCAACUUAACGCAUGUGCAUCAAUCGUAUUGUUUGGCCACAUACCGCCACAAUGUGGAUACGUCACACAUUUGCGCCGGAGACAGCAACUCGCACACAUGCAUGGGUGACUCUGGAGGACCACUCUUCGCUAAACUACCAAUUGGCAAUACAAGUCGUGUCGUUCAAUUGGGGAUCGUCAGUUAUGGAGACAUUGAGUGUAAACAAUGGGGUGUCUACACGAAUGUCAUGCACCACAUGAACUGGAUCGUGCAUGUCGUACGACAGGAAGGGCUUCACACAACCACACAACGCCCAAUCACAAUCACAAUCCCCUCCACCCAAAGAUUUUAUUACUAUAUACCACCUGUUUUUAAUUGGCAAAUUUUCAAUUAAAGCUUUAAUGUAAAGACAUGUUUAUUAGAGACGUGGUGAACUUAAAUCCCUCUCUUUUUUUAAAUAUGAAAUCAAGAACAUAACUUGACGAUGUUAAAUAUACUACUGAUAUGUUUUCCUGUCACAGUUCUUAUCACUUUAACAACAGAGUACAUUAACUUUCUGUGCGAACGAGAAGAGGUCUUAUCGCACGGGUUUUUUUAAAAUCAGCGGGAAACAACAGCUUUAAGACCCGGACAUUAGUUUGUCCGCAGCGCUUGGUUAUGAAGAUUGUUGAGAACGCUAUACUAGUCGUACUUGCCUGUUCAGUAAUUGUACAGGGGCAAGAAGCUCCUAACUUUCUAGACAAGUCAUGUAGCAUUAUUCCGAUUGAAGAACCCCGAAUAAUUGGGGGUCGUAAUGCCAAAAUAAACAGCACUCCAUGGAUGGCCAUGAUCCUAGAUGAAAACGGUUAUAGGUGCGGAGGCUCACUGAUCACAAAUCUCUUUGUACUGACGGCUGCGCAUUGCACGGGAGACACCAAACUAAAAGUUCGAUUGGGCCAAUAUCGUCUAGAAUGGAAUUGCAGAGGUGUAAAUUGCUUAGGAAGUGCUCAAGAGUUCACUGUCGGUGCAACGUAUAUCCAUAGCGAAUAUUCAAGAGGGAGCCACGAUAUAGCGCUGUUAAAACUGGACACUCGAGUGCAGUUUACAAAUCGAAUCAGACCGAUAUGUUUGCUUAUGGACCCUCUUUUCAGACAUCUGGAUGAUCACAUCAUAAAAUUUAGGACCUACGGAUGGGGUCAGACCGAAUCUGGAGAAUUGGGUCAAGUAAUACAGACCACUUCGCUUUACAAUCUUCCCCGAGCAAACUGCUUCAGGCAAUAUCGAUUUAAUGUGAUUGAUGGGAAUCACAUCUGCGCUGAAAGGGCUACCGCCGGCACCUGCAAAGGCGAUUCGGGAGGUCCUUUGACCGCUAUUGUAAAAUAUGCACAUAGGGAUACGAUAUUCCAGUUCGGAAUUGUCAGCGCUGGAGAGAAAACUUGUGAAAAGGCUAGUAUAUUUACAAAUGUUAUGGCCCAUUUAAACUGGAUUGAAAGCAUCGUUCGCAGAGAAGAGAAUUUCUAAGAAUUGUGCUAUUUAGCAUUUAUCACAUUGAGUUGAAUCGGUUCAACUUAAAAGUCACAUUUAAAAAACAAAUACAUAAUCAUCAUAAUUAAAAAGGAUAACGUCUUAAGCUGGAAUUCCGAAUUUAAACCAUAACUCAUGAGUGAAGUGUACUUUUCUGCAUUAAAAUAAAAUAAUUUCAAGAUAAUUUUAAGAUUUAACAAAACUCAGUUUUAAGUGAAAUUCCUGCUGUAAAUGAUCAAAUAAAAAUUUCA